UGUUCAAUGAUAGUGACUUUUAAAUCUGUAAUAGAUUGAAGUGUUCACUUACACUGUGUUAUAAUUGAAAUCAAUAUAUUUAAAAAGUUUUUCAUUAUUGUUUAACAGUGCGAUUAAUCACAAUUAAUUUUUUUAAUUGCUUGACAGCCCUAUUAUUAACCGGUUAUUUCCCCAUUGUGGUUUCUGUUCCUUCCCCCUCUUGGUUAAGAAUUAUUGUUUUACGUAUCUGGUCACAAUUAAUCUUUUUUAGUGAAUGUAAAAAGGCAUUAAACACCUUAUUCUUCUUUUAGUCAUCUGUUAUGAGCUCUCCUUCCCUUGUAAAUAGGGGACCUACACUUUCCUUUACCUUUGUCUUGCUCCUAAUAUAUUUAUAGAACCUUUAUCUUAUUGCCUUUUAUGUCACUUGCUAGGUGUAACUCAUUUUGUGAGUUAAUCUUUCUGAUUUUGUUCCCACAUGCUUGUGCUACUCUUUUGUACUCAUCCGUAGCAAUUUGUUCAUGAUUCCACUUUUUUUUAGGAUUCCUUUUUAUUUUCUGGUCAUUAAAGAGUUCCUGAUAGAGCUAUAUUGCCCGCUUACUAUUCUUUCUAUCUUUCCUUCACAUUGUGAUAGUUUGGUGUUGCUCCUUUAAUAUUGUCUCUGAGAAACUGCCAGAUCUCUUCAACAAUUUUUUCACCUCAGAUUUUAUUCCCAUGGGACCUCACCUACCAGACCUCCGCGUCUAUUGAAGUCUGCCUUUUUGAUUUCCAUUGUCCUUAGUCUGUUACUCCCAUGCCUGCCUUCUCAUAGAAUCUUGAAAUCUAUCAUUUCAUGAUCACUUUUGCCCAUAUUGCUUUCCACCUUCAGUUUCCUAACUAACUCCUUCUUGUUAGUCAGAAUCAGGUGUAAAAUGGCCAUCCUCCGGAUACUUCUUCAAUCUUCUGAAAGAAACAGGAGUCCCCAGUACAUUGCAAGAACUUAUUGGAUACUUUGUGUUUGGUUGAAUUAUCUUUUCUAACAGAUGUCUGGGUAGAUAAAGGCCCUCCCCCCCAUUACUAACUAUGUUUUGAAUUUUUCUAUUGUAGGCAUGACAGUCUAGAACAUCAGUGUGCAGGGAAAGAGCCUGGGGGGAAUUGUGCCUAUUCUGACAUGUUUCUUAUCACUCUUUUUGCCCUAACAGGUUGCGUCAUAACAUCCCUGUUUUGCUCCAGAUCAUUCCAUCCUUCCAGGGAACAGGGAAGGGAAAUGGCUGCAGUGGAGCCAGUUGAGGGGCUGGUGGCCUUCGAGGAGGUGGCUGUGUAUUUCACCAGAGAAGAGUGGGCUCUGCUGGACCCCGCUCAGAGGGCCCUCUACAGAGAUGUCAUGCAGGAGAACUAUGAGAAUGUGACCUCGCUGGGGUUUCCAGUUUCCAAACCUGAUAUCUCCCGGCUGGAAAGAUGGGAAGAACUGUUCUCCCCAGAUCUCCAGGGCUUAGAGAAAAGAGAGCUCCCGAGAGGCAUCUACACAGCAGGUGAUGGGAUGGUGAGUGAGACCUCGGAGCAGAAGCCUCAGCAGGAAGAUGAUGAGCAAGUCAAACCAUAUGGGACAUUAUUGCAAAGAUGCAAAGGGAGUGUGACCAGGAGUUGUGAGCAGGGAAAAGCCUGUGAGAGUCAGCACAGGCCAGAGAAGUGGCAGGGAAACCAGCCAACACAGAAAGUUGGUAAAUCUGUUAAUUGUCGGGGAACUCACAAAGGCCUCAAGGAACCCACGACCCAGCAGAGAAUCCCCACGGGAGAGAGAAAUAACACAUGUGUUGAGUGUGGAAAAAGGUUCAGUAGGCCUGCCCUGCUUCUUAGCCAUCAGAGAAUCCACACAGGGGAGAAACCCUAUGAAUGCUGUGUGUGUGGGAAAACCUUCACUGAGCGCUCAACCCUUAUUAAACAUCAGAGGAUCCACACAGGGGAGAAACCCUACGAAUGCUGCGAGUGUGGGCAAACCUUCACUGAGCGCUCAACGCUUAUUCAACAUCAGAGGAUCCACACAGGGGAGAAACCCUAUGAAUGCUGUAAGUGUGGGAAGACCUUUGCUCGGAGCUCACACCUUAUUAGGCAUCACAGAAUCCACACACAGGAGAAACCCUACGAAUGCUGUGAGUGCGGGAAAACAUUCACUGAGUGCUCAUCCCUUAUUCAGCAUCAGAGGAUCCACACAGGGGAGAAACCCUAUAAAUGCUGUGAGUGUGGGAAAACCUUUGCGCAGAGCUCACAUCUUAAUAGGCAUCAGAGAAUCCACACAGGGGAGAAACCCUACGAAUGCUGUGAGUGCGGGAAAACCUUCACUCGGAGCUCACACCUUAUCAGACACCACAGAAUCCACACAGGGGAGAAACCCUAUGAAUGCUGUGAGUGCGGGAAAACCUUCACUCAAGACUCAUCCCUGAUUAAACAUCAGAGAAUCCACACAGGGGAGAAACCCUAUGAAUGCUGGGAGUGCAGGAAAACAUUCGUUCUGCGCUCACACCUUAAUAAACAUCAGAGGAUCCACACCAGGGAGGAACUCUAUUAAUGUUUCGAAUGUGGGGAAUUCUUCCAUCAGAGCUCAGCCCUUAUUACUCCCGAGAGCAUUCUGCGCUAAAAAUUCUGUGCCAAAAAUAAAAAUUAUACGCACAAUAUUUUAAAAUUCUGCAGAAAUAAAUAAAUAAAUGCAGAGGCUCCAGCCUGGCAGUGUGGAGCACAGGCCACUGGCUUUAUGCAGGUGGGAGAUCACCCUGCAGCCUCCCCACCCUCCACCCCUGGGACACAGAAUCAGUGGUGAGGCUGCACCGAAACCUGACACAGCACAAGGCCUGCCCCAUAAACACUCUGGGGCCCUGCCCCUCAGUGCCAGGAGCAUCCAGUGUGGGGCAGGCAGGCUCAACCAGGCAGGAACCAAGUGUGAAGGGGCUCAGUGUGGAGGAAUCCAGGUGUGGGGUGAGAGGAUUGUGCGUGGGACAAUCUGGGUGCAGGCAGCUCAUUGUAGGGUGUAGAUGUGGAGGGGAUCUGGAUGCACACUGACUUGUUGGGAUUCCAUGUGCAGGGGUAAUGGGACUCUGCAAGUGCUUCCAGAUGAAAGUGGUUGGAUCUCAGC